GGAGCGACGGCUUAUGUUUUUACAGAACUACGGAGUGUAUUGUAGAUCUAGAUCUAGACCUAGUCUAGACUCAACUACUUGAACUAUGACGUCUAGUCUAGUACUAGAGUAGUAGUCUAGUCAGUCUAGACUCUACCAAUCUAGACUGACUAUAGAGUUUAAAGUUUAAGCUGGUUACACUUACAGUAUGAGUAUACCAGUCAACUCAGUGUAGUAUUAAUUUAUUUCCCAGCCAGGCCCCAGUGUAAGAUAAUAUUCAUCAUGGCAUUGAACAACAGAUAAACCGCAAUAUUUUGGUGUGGAAGUGUAAACAUAAAAAGUACAGAUGACACCCCGCUCGCCCUGGGAUCGAAUGAAGACUAAAAACUUUUAUAUGAUACUAGUUUUAGUGGCGGUAUCAACUAUAACAUUGUGGAUACUUUCUUCUCCAUCUCCAAACUUUCAAACGAUUGUCAGCAAAACACAGUCUGGAAUCAUACGUGCUUCUAAUAUUCAAAUAAGAGAAAAGGAAUUAACUGUCGAUCCAGUUUACUUGAAAAGACUUGGAUUCACAGCAGAUGUAAAUGCUCAGAACAUUGAAGAAACGGGCUAUUCUGAAAGCUCAGUGAUUAGCACUGAAUCUGAUUUUGUACCAUUGCUGAAAGAUAGCUAUGGGCUCCCUGUCAUUGCCAGUGGAGUAAAACCUGAUCUGUUUCCAGAGGCAGUCGUGCUCAUGAACUCAAUAAAAUCCCUUCUUCCACAUUACAAAACUGUGUUAUAUGACCUGGGCGUAUCAGCUUCAGAACAACUCUUGCUCAACAAACAUUGUAAUGUGAGUUGGAAUUGUGAAACUAGAGUCUUCAAAUUUGACAAAUAUCCAUCUCAUGUGAAAUAUUUAAAUAUAAAGAGUUACAGACCACUCUGUAUACAGGAGAUGCUGCAUAGGUAUGGAGCUGUGAUCUGGGUUGAUGAUGGAUAUUAUUUUACUGAGAGCAAUCUGACUCUUUCCUUGACUCGUGCUAAAGAGUUUGGUCUCCAAGGUUGGCCUUUGAAAGAUCCUACCUCUUCUUUUACUCAUCCAAAAAUGUUCAAGUUUUUCAACAUGGAUCAGAACUCUUACUUCUUUCAGCAUGCUAUAGAAGCCUCACAUCUGAUGGUAUUCAACACAGAAAAAGUAAGCAAAGAUGUUAUGCUACCCUGGGUGAAAUGUGCCCUGAUGGAGGAAUGCAUCAGCCCACCCGGAGCCCAAGACUCUGGCUGCAACUAUUUCAGGAAGCCCCUUUUCAAGUAUACUGGCUGCCAUAAGUAUGAUAUGUCUGCACUGAAUGUCAUAUUAGGGAUUGCCUUCAAGUUUGAUGAGGAGCCAUACACUAAUAGGGAAAAGCUGUUUGGCAACUUAUUGGAUGACCAGUUAAGAGCUGAGAACAAAACUAGGCCUGAGUAUGAAAUAAGGUGGGCCAUGAGCAGGCAGAUAAAUGUUUAGCCUAGUUGCUUGUGAUUGUGAUUAUUUUUAUUUUGGAGAGACUAUUUAAAUUUAGUAGGAUUUAUUCUCUUGUUCGAUAUGCAUAAAGACAGUGGGUUUAAGAUACUCAUUGGUCUUACUGUCAGACUGUUUAAAUGUCAAGUAGCUCUAAAAUAAGUGCAGUAUGAUACAUGUGUUACUAUGUAGCAUGUCUUAUGUGCAUGAGUAAUUGUGUGCGUUCAGUAUCCAGAAUAUACUUUUACUGUCUAAUGUGCCAGAUAAAAAACUUUUUUCUCUUAAGCUUAGAAAAAGUAUGUGCUUCCAUCCUGUUUAUUUGUUUCUUGCCUAUAAUUAAACCACUCAUUGAUGUUUCUUUGGCAACUUGAUAAUGUGAGAAAAAUUUUUAUGACUUGUUCAGGUGCUUAUUUUUUUUUUUUUUUUUUUGGUUGUUGAUAACAUUUGAUAUAGCAAAGCAUUUUUAAAUAUUUACUCAUUUAUGUGUAUAAAUGAUUUUUUGCUUGCUUCAAUUAAUUCUUUGAUGAGCCAUACAAACCUUUCAAUUUCAAACUCUAAAUGUGACAUUUGAUGCUCUCUAGCUUGCUUGUAUAAUGGUUGUAGAAUCAUUUCUUUCUCUUGCUCAAGCUUGUUUCUACUGUAUGAUUAAUCAAAAUGUGAGACUUAUUAACAGUGAACAUUAAAAGUGAGAGAUGUGAAGAUGAAAAGAUGUGUUGAUAAUCUUGUAUUAUUAUAAUUUUUUUAUGGACUUAUCCACUUUUUUAUUGAUAUUUUUCUCAACUUAGCCAGAAAUUUGUCUGAGAUUUUGAUUUCCUUUGUUACUUUUGCAUUUGUCUUAUUGAUAUAAUAUUUAUUUCUGCAUUAUUUGUUUGUUAUUACUUUUUUAUACUUAUACUUUCAAAAGCAAAAUAUUUUUAAUGAAACUUUCCUGAUCAAAGUCAUAGGAUAAUUUCUGUUGUUAAAACAUAAAAAAAAAUAUUAAAUAGAUUAUUAUUUCAGUGGCAGAUAAGGCUUUACUAAAUUUGCCUUUGUAAUACAUAUAGUUCCUAAAUCAAAGAAAUGAUUAUUUUUUAAUAUAUAUAUAUUUCAACUGCCAGUGUGUAUGUAUGUACAUUUCUUUGUAAAAGAUUCUUGUAAUUACUUUUGAUAUUAAUCAUAUUUGUGAUGUAAAGCUCAUUCUUAAGUCAGAUAAAAAAAAAUUAUUUAUAUUUAAAAUAUUAAGAUAAAGUUAUCUUCUUUCCUGAUAUCGAACAUCACUCUAUGGUCUUUAAAGAAGAGUUCUUCAUUUAAAGUUUUAUAUACUUUGAAAAUCAAUAACACAGCAUUUCAGGUCAUUUGGAUAUAUCCUGUAGUGUGGCUACAUUUGAUAAUUAUAGAUUUUCAGAUUAAAACUUUGACAUUGGGCUACGGUUAAAAACAUAAAAAUUUUUCGUAAACCUUAAUUUGGAAUUGUAAACUUUUAUGCAAGUUUUUUUAUAAUGUCAUUUUCAUUUGGAAUGAAGACUUGCAGCAAAUCAAUUUCUUUUUGAGACAUAGUUUUAAAGAUCGCAAUAUUUUUGAGAAUGCAUGCAUAUAGCAAUCUAACAAGUGAAUAGGAAAUUAGCUAUUUUCUCUCUCAAAAGUAGAAAAAUGUUAUUUACAAAAAAGAAUUGAGUGCAAGAAAGUUUUGAUCAAUACUUAUCAAUUCUGUUUCAUUUAAAAUAAAAAUUUUACUCUGUGCAUAAAAGUACUUUAAUGUAUAUAGUUGUGCUUUAAAAAAAUGUAUUUAUAUAUUUUCCAAUAAUAAUUAUUUAUUGUUUUAUUGAGAACAAAUUUGGAUUUAGCAAAUGUGUUUUUUUUUACUGUGACAUAAUUAUUAUUUUUUCUCACUUCAGACAAUGCUGUUAAAGGCACUCAUCUGAGAAAGCCUCAUUCACUUUCUUACAGUGUUACUAUCCAUACUGAAAUAGUUAGGCAAAUAUUUUUUUGUGUGUGUUUAAGGUAUAAGUUAAAUUCAGAAGUGUUUAUUUCUCUAAUGCACUAAAUUAAAAGCUAGAUAUAAUAUUCUGAGUACAAUCAAUACAUUCUGUAACUAUUACUGUUUAUCCUUUAGACUUUUUGAAUUCCAGUCAAUUAAAAAAAAAGUUAAGUUCCCUUUCAGACCUUGUGGUCUAUAGGGCAGAUGAUGUAAAGGUCAUCUGAAUUUGUGGCCUACGGUUAACGAGGGUGUCAUGUGGCCAGCACAAUGACUAAUCGCCUUUACUUUUCCCUAAUUAAUGUCAGGUACCCAUUAGAGCUGGGUGGACUCAGAGACGCCCGAAGAUCCUGAAAUUCAAAAUCCCAGUCUUCACCAGGAUUCGGACCCCGGUUCGGAAGUCAAGCCAUAGCACCUCCUCCAGUCAAUUAGAAAGAGUUUUUUUUUUUAUUUGUGAUGCAUGUCAUUGUCAUGGCAACCUACAUUCCGCAGUAUAGUCAGCUAGUUGGUCCUGACCACAUUGUGGAUACAGAAAUGUGUAAACACAAACUUCUCAUGUCUUCUAAAACAAAAUUGCUCAAAAUAUUCCUAAGUUAAGUUUUUUUUUGAUGGGGGUCACGGGAGGAGGAGGGAUAGUACUCAUUUAAAAUAGAAAUAUACUUUUUAAUUUCUAAAAUCUGGUUGAUUUCUUAGCAACACUGUCAAUAAAAGUGACUGCAAAUUUGUACUCUUAAAUUUUUCAAUGUCUUUUCUAGUCUUAGGUUUAAAAAUGUUGUAAUUUUAAAAAAUCAUUGGAUUUAUUCAAUGAAAAUGAAUAAAUUUGUGAAUUGGCUGUGUAGGAAUCACUCUAAAUCAUUAACAUCAUUUAAAAAUCUGUAUUUAAAAAAAAUUGCUUUUUUGUAGCGCAUCUUCCAUGCUUAUAACAUGCUCAGUAUACUAUGGUCCAAUCUCUUUUCUGGACCAGUGGGGGUACCUAGAAAAAGGUUUCAGUGCUGACUUAAGGUGCGCGGCAAAUACAACUCUGCUUGAGUUAGGAUUCAAACUCAAGUUCCCAUGUUAGGUGACAGCCCUAGCCAAGCGGUUAUGGCCUUGCAGCCACACAUCCUACACUAUCAUAUUUAAUUUUUUUUUACAAAUGUAUUAGCCUACUUCAAUUGAUUUUCUUUUUCUACCUGAGAUGAAAUGUGAAUAGUUCAUUUAUUAUUUCAUGGGACUAAAUUAAAAACUUGUUCAUCUUAUGAUAAAUAUAAGGUGUUUUAAAAAUAUAAAAAAACAAAAAAAGGUGCAUUCAUACCGAUUAGCAUAAAAUUUACUGUGCUGGUCAGUUGUUUAAAAUUAGCUGACAAACAUAUCUAUAAGACUGCAUUUUUUGUGUGUGUGAAGGAGCCAAUGCAUAGGUCUAUGGUUCAUGUCAUGGAGGAGACACCAUUUUUUUUCUUCAAAAAUAGGCUGACUCUACCAAUAGUUAUUACAAUAAAAUGUGGUAUUUAUGGUAGACUAAUAGUACCAUCUGAUGCUAAAGAACAUUACUAGCAGUUUUUUUGUAUAUUAAAAACUCUUUUAUUUCUUGUUCAGAAUGAUAACAGAAAACCAGAAGUGUAAACCUUUAUAUCUCUUCUCUAAAUGUUUAAAGCACAAAUAUAAAAGACCCACCCAGGAUAUUAGCAUCUUUUUUUUUCUAUUCUAAAGAUAUUAAAAGUAUGAAUUUUUGGUAACUAUAGACAUGUUGGUCAUUUUUAUUUUUCUAAAAAAAAUUUGUUAUAUCUAAGAGUUAGCAUUAUUUGCUUAGGAGUUUGGCACAGGGCUUAAAAAAUGGAAAUAAUGGCUAUUAGGUUAUGCUUGGGUUAACCUGAGUAAAAGUGAUUGAACACUGUGCAACUUUUGCAUAUGCAUAAACAUGGGAAUUAAACAUCUAUCUUAUAGAACUUUAAAGCAAUUUUGACCUUUCUUGUAAAGCUACAUUAUACUUGUGUAAAAUCAUCUAAUUUUGUCAUUAAAUUGUUUACUGUAUGUAUAUGUAUAUAUAUAUAUAUUUUGUCUUUUCCAUAUGUUAUAUAAGUUAUGGUAAAAUUGACCUUGAUAUACUGUAUUAAAUUAUUUUUUGAAAUCAGUUCCUACUUUAUGCUCAAAUAAAAUCAGAUAGAAUAUGAUAAGCUCAGAUCAAAUAGGAUCUGAACCAAUCAUCAUUGAAAAAAAAAAUGGCCAGUAUGGGGAUGGAACCCAUGACAUUCAUGUUAUUAGCACGACAUUCAUCAACUUUGCCAUCAUUUUUGUCCAUUUCCAGACUUCCAGCUGUUGACAAAUUUGUUCCUUCCGUGAAGAGAAUGCAAGAUCAUAGUACGAAUUGAAAAUUAUUUUGUAAACAUAAACUUGAAUUUGAUGUCCUACAAAUUGCUAAUCAUUCUGUACUAGUGAAUACCACACAACAUUCUGGCCUCCUAUAUUGUCCACACACUCAUUGUACUGCCUACUUUACACUGCUCAUCUUCUUAUACAUUUUCAACAUUUUAAUAAAAAUAUAUAUAUAUAUUGCACUUCUAUAAAAAAAAAAAAGGAAAGUUUUCUCAUAUUGCAAGGUGUACAGGCCCAUGGACAUUUCAAACUAUAGUAGAUGUAAUUUUUGUGAUAAGUUCUUAUUUCAAGCACCAUUGUUACUCUCGUAUUCAUUGCUUGAAUUGUUUUUUUUUUUUUUAUACCAUUGGUUAUCAGUAUUAGAGCAUAAAAAUGUUCUCCUUUGAAAUGUGUGUAGCUAUGAAUUUUACUAUGAAUGAUGUUGCAUGGUCUGAUGUGCAUGUUUCUUGAACACUUCAUUGUUGAGGCUAUUCUUGUUCCUUAUCACAAACGAGAUUAAUUUCUAUGAACUCAGAGCGUGGUGUGUGCAGAAUUCUAGUUUGUGUAUAGAUGUGAUAUUAGUGACUUUCCUAAAACAGAUUUGAAGCAAAUGUUAUCACUGUAUAGAUUAAACCAAUUUAUUUAUUGAUGAAUUGAACACAUGAUUUGUCAACCAUGUAUGUGUAUGGAGGUGAUCUGCUUCCUAGUCUCACACUGUACACCACUUUAUAAAUAGCUUUUUUUUUUUUAGCCCAGUGUAUUGUGUGUAUUUUCCCCAUCUAUGGUGCAAUUUCUAAUAUCCAGAAACUUGAAUAAAUGGCUAUUAAAAUGCA